GGUUUAGCUGUUUCCUCCUCUCUACCUUCUUCUGCUUGCGUUUUCUCAUCGUCUUUGCCUUCCUCCCAAGCGAUUGAUUUUCCUUUUUUUGUUGCCUUCUUCUAUCCACACAAAUCUAUCUGAUCGAUGGCGUCGGGUCGGGUCAACUCGGGAUUCGAUUUCGGGUCCGAUGAUAUCCUCCGCACUUACGACGACUUCACCAACAACCAGGACUCCUCCAACGGUUCCAACUCCGAUCCUUCGAUCGCCGCUACCAACUUCAAUAAGGAGUUUCAUAAAACUAGGAUGGCGAGGUCGUCGGUUUUUCCCACGAGCUCUUACAGUCCACCGGAGGACUCGUUGAGCCAAGACGUUACUGCCACUGUGGAAAGAACCAUGAAGAAGUAUACGGAUAACGUGAUGCGCUUUCUCGAAGGUAUCAGCUCGCGCUUGUCACAGCUUGAGCUCUACUGCUACAACCUUGAUAAGACUAUUGGUGAGAUGAGGUCGGAUCUGACUCGUGAUAACGAGGAGGCUGAUGUUAAGCUUAGAUCCGUGGAGAAACAUCUUCAAGAGGUGCGUAGGUCGGUACAGAUUCUCAGAGACAAGCAAGAGUUGGCUGAUACUCAGAAGGAUCUAGCGAGGCUUCAAGUUGUGCAGAAAGACUCAUCUUCUCCGUCUCACUCCCAACAAAGUGAGGAGACUCCUGUUCCAGAGGCUAAGAAGAGUGAGAGCUCCUCUGAUGCACACAACCAGCAGCUUGCACUUGCUUUGCCUCAUCAAAUACCACCACAGCAGCAGCAGCAGUAUUACAUGCCUCCUACUCCACAGCUUCAAAACACACCUGCACCUGCACCCGUUCCUGCUCCACCAUCUCAGCCACAAGCACCACCGGCGCAGGCUCAGUUCAUGCCCCCACCUCCUGCUCCAUCUCACCCAAGCUCAGCCCAAACGCAGUCGUUUCCACAGUACCAGCAAAACUGGCCUCCGCAGCCACAGGCGAGGCCACAGUCCAGUGGAGGUUACCCAUCAUACUCGCCUGCACCACCAAGCAACCAAUCUCCAGUGGAGCCAUCGCCCAGCAGCAUGCAGAUGCCAUCACCAUACGCUGGACCUCCUCAACAAUCGAUGCAAGGUUACGGAUACGGUGCGCCACCACCACCACAGGCUCCUCAGCAGACAAAGAUGUCUUAUAGCCACCAGACAGGCGAUGCAUAUCUUCCUUCAGGACCUCCUCCCCCUGGGUAUGCCAAUGCCAUGUAUGAAGGUGGGCGGAUGCAAUACCCACCACCUCAGCCUCCUCCGCAGCAGCAGCAACAAGGCCAUUAUAUGCAAGGUCCACAAGGUGGUGGGUACGCUCCUCAGCAGCACCAGGCAGGUGGUGGCAACACAGGGACACCACCUCCUGUUUCAAGAUCAAAAUACGGUGAACUGAUAGAGAAGCUAGUGAGCAUGGGUUUCAGAGGAGACCACGUGAUGAGCGUGAUUCAGCGGAUGGAGGAGAGUGGCCAGCCUAUAGACUUCAAUGCCCUCCUUGACAGAUUGAGUGUUCAGUCCUCAGGAGGGCCUCCCAGAGGGUGGUGAGAGAAGCCACAGUGGCUCCUCUUCUAGGCCCUAGUUUUAUUGGGCCCAAUAGAUUGGGCCUGUUGUGUAUUCUUAUGGGACUCAAUUUAUGUUUCCUUCAAUAAUUCGUGUGUUUACUUUCAAUCUGCCACUUGAACAACCCAAAUCUCUGGUCUUUGAGUUUCUUUUA